CAACCUACUGAAAGGUAUUAGACGAUGCCAAUUCUUGUUGAAGCCAAAUUCUUAGCUACAUUUCAAGAUGGCUACAAGAAGGAAUGCGAAAAAGUUGUACUUUCCCGACGGUGCUCUUCUCAAUGCUAUGGAAGUAGCUGUUGUCGAGUCUGAGAGAAGAAAGACUGAAAUAAUGAAAGAGCCGUAUACUGUGUACCUUGUCGAAACAAGGCCGAUUGAUUCAAGUUUUAGUGGCGAAACGGGAUCAGCUCUUUGGAGAAGAUACAGUGAAUUUGAACUUCUAAGAAAUUACCUUAUGACAGUGUAUCCAUUUAUUGUGAUGCCACCACUUCCAGAGAAAAGGAUCAAUAUGCAGAAGCUGCAGCUUGCAACCGAUAAAUUUGAUCCUGAAUUCAUCGAACGAAGGCGACAAGGACUUGAGUGCUUCCUCCUGCGCUUAGCUUCACAUCCUACCAUAUCACAAGACAAGAUGUUCGUCGGCUUUUUGAAUCAGGAAAUGAACUGGAAAGAAGCAGUUGUUGCAACGGGAUUUCAGUCCAAGCUAAAUGUUGCUCGUUGGAAGCUGAUCAGUGCCACCACAAGUGUCAAAAAGCCAGACCAGCGCUUUGAAGAUGUGAGGAGCUACUGUGAAAGCCUUUCUGCCAAUAUAAACGCUCUGAUCAAACUGCAGCAGAGAAUGACUGAAAGACAGUUGAUUGUUGCACAGAACCAUGGUGGAUAUGGAAAGUUGCUCAGUGAAUGGAGUGGUAUAGAGAAUGAAAUGGCCGAUGGUUUACAAAUGGGUGGUCACCACAUCGACAGAUAUAACCAGCAAACUACAUCAAUUUUGGAAGAAGAAGGCACUGUUUAUCUUGACCAGCUGAAAGAGUACCUCUUUUUCACGGAGUCAUUGAGGGCAAUCGUGAAGAAACAACAGCAGAAACAAUGCGAGCUGGAAAAGGCUGAAGAUGCGCUUAGUGCCAAAGUAGCCCAAAGGGACGAGGUUCUUAGGCAAAUCCAAGCUGAAACCGGAGAGAACCCUCCGCCAUCGCCUCCAGGAUUUUCCUUGAAGGGAAUUUCCAACAUUUUGUUUGGAGCUGAGACUGUAGAGGCAAAACAAGAGAAGGCAAACGAAUUGAGUAAACAAGUUGAAGAAGCUGAAGAAGCUGUCAGGGAGCGACAGGCCGAGGUCAACCUCUUUGUGGACAGAGCCUUGAAGGACUACGAUCGAUUCAAAAAGCAAAAAGUCCGUGACCUCACGGAAGUCAUGCAGAAUUAUAUAAAGAUGCAAAUCAAAUUUUGCAAGACGGGAUUGCAGUCUUGGAAAUCAGCCAAAGAGUGCUUCGCUAACAUUUGAACUUAAUAACUUAGGCAUAUGAUUCUUUGUAUCGAUGAAUAACAAAAAAAUUAUUACUUUGAA